AUGUCUUUUUCACAAAAUUUCACUCUUUUGACCUCUUCAAUUCUUGAAGAUACAGUAAAUCUUGUUAAAUGCGACCUCGGUUACUACUACAUCGAGUGCCACGACAAAAAAUCCAUUUUGCGCACUCCGGAUGUAGAUGACGCUUUGGGAAUAAGCAAUGGAAAAAGAUCGCCUCCAAAAAGCUUUAUCCUCUUCAGAAAAAGCUUUCAAAUGAGUAUCACGGAGAUGUGCCUUAAAAUCGAAAGGGCACAGAUUUCUAAACAUGCUACAAAUGUAUGGCAAUAUAUCAAGGAAUUUGAGCCCCAUCUGUGGCAAUACUUUAAAAACGUAUCGGCAAAGGCAACCGAUCGGUAUAAUAACUCCUGCCUUAAAAUUUUUAUUUUCGACGUUGAAUCAUAUAAAUCAUCAGACAACGAACAAAUUUCUCGUGAAACAAUCGAUUCAUCUCCUCAUAUAUCACCCGAAGAUGAUUUUUUACCUGAUGAUUUUACUUUCGAUCUAUCUGGACCAGAUGAAGUUACAUACGAUACAUCUAGACUUGACAGUGUAGAAGUGAAAAAUUUACUUUGUGAUCUUUACCCCGAAAUUUCAUAA